GUGCAAUCGUUUCUUAACACUAGUGCCUUAAGAGAAUUAAUUUUUUCCUGCAAGAUGAUGGAGCUGCAAUCAAACGAAGACGUUGAUUUAGAAGAUGGAGAGCUGUCAGCAAGCGGCGAAGAGGAGAUCUAUACUCCGUUGCAGCGGCCGGCACCGGCUUCAAAUGUUGCAACAGCUGCAAAGGGAGUUGCCGAAGGCAAUUCAACAAAUUCGCUUGCCACCUGCCAUCAGCUGCAAAGCGCCUUGGACGAUGAGUCUCCAACGAAUAGCGAACAGAGCACCAGUGGCGAGUCCUCUGAAGAGGGCUGCAUCAAAAAGCUGCGCACCGAAAAUAUCGGAUCCAAAAAAAAGCGCAAGAAGCGCAUAAAAAGAACCGUUAUGAUACGUGUGUCUUCUGCCCCAGCUGAAGGCUGCUCAUCCGCCGACGCCGCCUCCUCCUCGACUGGGGAACCGAAUCGUGCGCGCUUCAAGAAAUAUAACAUAUGGACUGCUGCACUGCAGGAGGAGGCAUUGACUGAGAAUAUGCGAGGUUGCGAUGUGAACCACAAAAGCAGCAGCGAUCGCAAUGUGGAGAACUAUGAUUUCUCUCUGAGAUAUCGUCUAAAUGGAGAGCAUGCGCUGAAGCGGCGCCUGUCCAACUCUUCGGACGAAGGCAACAGUUCACAACCGGCGUUCAAGCGAGGGCGAUCUGCCUGCUCCGACAGCCAGCGACGGGAUCAGCGCCGUCCGAUUAAAAGUAGGCUUGGGUCAAGGUCGAGAUCUCGUCGUGGCAAUUCCUCAACGAGUGGCUCUUCUGACAACUCUAGUGAGCCCCGACACAUACUUGACUUGCAAGACGUGACGGGACGCGAGCCCAAGGAUGUGGCUAACGAAAUGGCCAGUAAACUGUACGAGGAGAAGGACGAACUUUUGGUUCGUGUCGUGCAAACACUUGGCUUAGAUUUGCCACUGGAGCUGUACAAGGAAACGCAACGCAUCGAAGCUGAUGGUGGCAUGAUGAUCAAUAAUGGCCGACGUCGUCGUACACCUGGUGGCGUUUUUCUAUUCCUGCUUAAGCAUCAUAAUCUCAUAACGCCAGCGCAACAGAAAUCAAUUUUCAGCGAGGAUCGCCAGAAUGAGAGCAAGUCGCGAAAGCAACUGGCCUCGUUGAUACGGGAUCGCAAAGUCGAGGAGCUGAAGAAAUGUUUAAGCGAGAAGAGUACCGAAAUGCCUUCAUUAAAUAGUCGCAAGGAAUUGGCACAAAUACAGCCAGGCAAUUUAUCGAAUCCUCCGCCCUCGCCUGUUGGCCAGGAGCAAAGCAGCCCGGAAUAUAGAGCUCAUGAAAUAAAUAUAAAUGUGGUCGAUAAUACUGAUCUGCCAUCGACUUCAAAAGCUGCCACAGCAGCAGCAAGCCUUAAGCAAUUGAUCAGCUACGAUGAUGAUAUUCUUGAUGUGAAUUGUGGCGAAAUGGAUUUAUUUUCAACCUGUGAAUCAGAGUCGAAAGUUGAAAUUGUGAAGAAAACAUAUAAAUACGAGUUAUUGGAAGAUGUGCACUUGGCUCUGCAACCGCCAGCAGAUAGUAAAGGUGAGACCUUAUAUACGCAAGGAAGCUUCAAGUACUUCCAUUACGGUUGUGAUGGCCAUUCAGACGCGGGCUGGGGCUGCGGUUACCGAACGCUCCAAACGGCCAUCUCUUGGAUUAUAAAAAGGCGCAGUGGAAGGACGGCCAUGUUGAAUGUGCCCUCCAUUGAAGAGAUUCAGCGCUUGCUGGUGAGGAUUGGCGACAAGCCUGCACGAUUUGUUGGCUCACGCGAUUGGAUAGGCACCAUGGAGGAGUUUUUUGUAAUAGAUUCCCUAUUUGAUAUACCCUGCAAAUUUGCACACGUGCAACAACUGAACAGCGAGCAGGUGCUAAACCAGAUUCGUGAAUAUUUUGUGGAUUAUUGCGGUUUAAUUGUUAUGGGCGGGUUAAGUGACACCGCUUCAAAGGCCAUUGCGGGCAUUCAUCUGAGCCAAACGGCGGGCUGUUCGCUGCUCAUUGUGCUCCACCUGCAACAAAAUCCAAUGCAAGAGCUAAUGCAGCACAUUCUCUGGAGCUCUCUGGGCGCUCUGGCCCUCUUUUAUGCUCUUGUAAAAUUCUGCUUGGGCUAUUGGAAGCGACGUGGCAUACUCCAUGUCAAGCCAAAGUUUCUGUGGGGCAACAUUUCGGAGGUGGUGCGUGGCAAGAAGAAUGUCCAGCAGCUCCUGCUCUAUCUGUACGAGAGCUACAAAGGACGCGCUCCCUUCAUCGGAUGUUAUGUGCUAUUGAAGCCUUUGGUAUUGAUCUUGGACUUGGAACUGGUAAGGAACAUUUUGGACAGCGAUGACGGCUACUUCACCAGUAGAGGACUCUACAACAAUGUGAAAAUGGAGCCGCUGUCCGGAAAUCUAUUCCAGUUGGAUGGGCACCGGUGGAGACAGCUGCAUGCUCAAUCCGCGCCAGUUUUUGCUGCUAGCAAUCUGCACAAGCUGCUGCCACAAUUGCUGAAGACUUCGAAGAAGUUGCAGUCGGGAUUGGGGGUGCGAAAGCAGGAGUUGAAUGUUAGCCAACUGCUGAACAGCUACAAUGUUGAGUCGAUAGCGAAGCUAGCUUAUGGCCUAUCGUCCGAGGAUCUAUCAGAGUUUUCCUUAAUGACGCGCAGCUACUGGAGCAACUGGAGCUUGUGGCGCGCUUAUUUGGCCAUGGAGCUGCCUAUACUCGCGCGCCUUGUGAAGUACCAGAGCUACGCACGGCUAGCCAAUGACUACUUCUUCAAUCUAGUUCAGGAGCAAUUGCAGCAACAGCGCAAGAGAGAUCGGCAGCCCCUGCAAAGCUUUUUGCAACUCUUUGCCGCCACUGACAAAGCGCUGACGGAUGCUCAGAUCGCGGCUCAGGCUUUCGGAUUUAUUUUGGCUGGUCUGCAGCCACUGAAUGCGACUCUUGGCUUCUGUCUCUAUGAGCUAGCGCUGCAGCCGGAGCUCCAAGAGCGUACGAGAGCGGAGAUAAAACGAGUUCUGAAGGCAAACGACGGACAGCUGACGGCUGACGGACUUAAGCAACUCAGCUAUACGAAGCAAGUGCUAUAUGAAACGCUUCGACUGCAUACGCCCUAUCCCUUUCUGCUGCGCCGUGCCACGCGUGAAUUCGAGCUGACGGAAUCGGUCUUUGUCAUCGCUCGUGGCAACAAUGUGGUAAUUCCUGUUGCAGCCAUACAUCGGGAUCCGAAUAUAUAUGUAGAGCCCGAACGCUUCGAUCCGGAGCGCUUUAGGCCGGAGGCAGUGCUUAAAAGGCCAGCGAUGUCCUUUCUACCCUUCGGUCAGGGUCUGCGUGGCUGCAUAGCCAAGCAAUUGGCAGAGCAGCAGCUGCUAAUCGGUUUAGUUGCCCUGUUGGAGCACCUCAAGUACGAGCCCAGCGCAGAGACUCAAAUACCCAUGCUCUAUGAUCCCGGCAAGUUACUGCUGAUGCCCAGAAAGGAUAUCAAAUUAAGUGUGCAGAGGCUGGAGGACUAAAGAAGGGAAACAAAAUUAGUUUCCUUUCCUAUUAUUUAUAGAA